UCUUCUUCGCUCCCCUGGUCCCCAGAAAAUUCCAAUUCCAAGUCCACUCUCAAACUCCGACCUUGUCGCAUGCCGAACCACCCACACCACACCGGCACCCAUCACAACCAUGCCGCCCCGGCUACGCGGCAGCAGCUGCCAGCCGCAGCUGCUCCUCACCUAUCUCGAGCCGGCGCCCUCGUCAUCCCUUGCUCCCCGCCGCGCCGCCCUCGCGGGCUCCCAGCCCAGUCCCCUGGCCCUCGGGUCAUCCGCACCGACGACGCCAUCAGCAGCACCACCAUGUAGCCGACCGUUCUCGACGACGCCGGCGCCGCAGGAGACGCGCCUGCGGCGCCGGUUCAAGGAAUGGUGCUCCAAGCAAGGGGAGCUGCUGCGGGCGCCGCCGACCCGCGAGUGCCCGGCCUACGUGACGCGGGCGGUCCGCCCCAAGGACCCCGACUCGGCGACCAUGGUGUUCCCGCUCAACCCGACCUUCCGCAGCGAGCCCGUGCUGUCCGCCGAGGCGCGCGAGAUGAUCUGGCACCAGGUCAUGGUCAAGGGCAUGCCGCUGAAGGCGGUGUCGGCGCAGUACAGUGUCGAUGUGCGCCGCGUCGCGGCGGUGGUGAGGAUGAAGGAGAUUGAGAAGAGGUGGAAGCGUGAGAAUAAACCUCUCGCGACCCCGUACGCGCGUGCGGUCCUAAGCAUGCUCCCGAAGCAUCAUCUGCGGCAAGGCGACCCGCCGUUCGAGCCGAUCAAUGACAUUCACAUCCACAGCUUCACGAUGCAGCAGCUGUUUCUGCCGACGUCCGAGUCGCGCGAGUUCACGCGCGAGGACGCGGCCAAGGCCUUCGGCGACCACAUCCUGCCGCCCGACCAGAAGAUCCGCAUCCCCGAGUUGGUGCAGAUGGAGAGGAACAUUGCCAACAAUAUGCCGUUCGAGCAGGCGCGCGAGGAGUUCAUCAAGGCGGCCGCGCAGAGCGAGAAGGAAGCGGCCGAGAAGCAGCGCGCGCGCCAGCAGGCGGCCGAGAGCAGGCUGGUGCGCGUCGACUCGGGCCGGUUCGAGUUCAGGUUCGAGAAGAUCAACGCCGAGGACGUGGGCCCGACCGGUCGGGCCAGACGCGCGGUGGGCUGGCGCUAUGGUGUGCCGUUCAUGGACCGCAAGAGAGGCCAGGUCAAGAUCCCUACCAGUGUGGGGUGAUGGAGCUCAAGACGUUCAAGGGCGGCGCGGCCUGCGCCAGCGCCUGGUGUACGAUUUAUUAGCUCAGCAGUUGCCUGCAAGAG